AUGGAUGAGUACAAAAAUGUCCUACAGAUUCUGUUUAAUUAUAGAUUGAAAAACAAAGAUCUACGCGGUUGUACCGAGAUUCUUCGGAACUGCAAAGUACUGGGAAUAUCGCUGCCAUCACAUCUUCAGAGCCACUUUAUUACACUUUUCAUAGGAGCAAAGAAAGACGACAAGCCUCUGGCCAGCAAGCCUGAAAACUUCAAGCUUAAGUUUUAA